AUCCACGAUGCAUCUGGGUUUGGCGUCGCUGCUAGCCCUCGCUUCCACGCUAACAUUUUGCACGCAAGCCGCCGACGUCUUCAGCAACUCAUUCUUGGUGAGAUUUCGAAGGGAUGUCGACCAGCUGGAAGCGCGCGAUGUUGCCGAACGAAACGGUUUCGUCAACAUGGGACCGGUUUUAGGAUCUAAGAAAGAUUACCACUUUGUCAAUCACGCAAUUCCCGUUGCAAGAACGAAACGAAGUAUACCUCACAUGAGAAAACUUAAAGUUGAUCCAUUGGUUCACGUGGCUGUCCAACAGGCGGGUUUCUUACGUGUGAAAAGAGGUUAUAAGCCUUUGAAGGUGGAGAACCUGGUGAAGGAUAUUUUACCACAUCAAGACCCGUCAGAUCCAUACUUUGGAUUCCAGUGGUAUUUGAAAAAUACAGGACAAAAUGGGGGGAAAGCUAAGUUGGAUUUAAAUGUCGAAGCGGCGUGGGCACAAGGAGUGACUGGAAAGAAUAUUACAACGGCUAUUAUGGAUGAUGGUGUCGACUACAUGCAUCCAGAUUUAAAAUAUAAUUACAACGCUAAAGCAAGUUACGAUUUUAGCAGCAAUGACCCAUUCCCGUAUCCCAGGUUUACAGAUGAUUGGUUUAAUAGUCAUGGUACAAGAUGUGCUGGGGAAGUAGCCGCAGCUAGAGAUAAUGGAAUUUGCGGUGUUGGAGUGGCGUACGAUUCGAAAAUCGCUGGAAUCAGAAUGUUGGAUCAACCGUAUAUGACCGAUUUAAUCGAGGCGAAUUCCAUGGGACACGAACCUAAUCUAAUCGAUAUUUAUAGUGCUUCUUGGGGACCAACAGACGAUGGAAAAACCGUAGAUGGACCGAGAAAUGCUACAAUGCGAGCCAUUGUUAGAGGAGUAAACGAGGGUCGAAACGGCUUGGGAAAUAUUUACGUUUGGGCGAGUGGGGAUGGUGGCGAAGAUGACGAUUGUAAUUGUGAUGGUUAUGCGGCGAGUAUGUGGACCAUAAGUAUUAAUAGUGCUAUAAAUGAUGGCCAAAAUGCACAUUACGAUGAAAGUUGUUCAUCUACUCUUGCUUCAACGUUUAGUAACGGAGCUAAAGAUCCAAAUACUGGAGUGGCUACUACAGAUUUAUAUGGAAAAUGUACUACAACUCAUUCGGGAACAUCUGCGGCUGCUCCUGAAGCUGCCGGAGUUUUUGCUUUAGCUUUAGAAGCAAACAAUAACUUAACGUGGCGAGAUAUUCAACAUUUAACCGUUUUAACAUCGAAACGUAACUCUUUAUUUGACGCAAAAGGGCGUUUUCAUUGGACCAUGAACGGAGUCGGAUUAGAAUUUAACCACUUAUUCGGGUUUGGAGUUUUAGAUGCUGGAGCAAUGGUAGCUUUGUCGAAGCAAUGGAAAACUGUACCACCAAGGUUCCAUUGUGAAGCAGGAAGUGUUAAUGAUUUAUAUGAAAUUCCUUCAGAUAAAGCUUUAGUCCUUAAAAUCGAUACAAACGCUUGUAUGAAUAAAAACACAGAAGUGAGAUAUUUAGAACAUGUUCAAGCCGUUUUAACCGUUAACGCAAGUCGACGGGGUGAUUUAGAACUAUUUUUGACGUCACCAAUGGGAACGAGAUCGAUGAUUUUAAGUAAGAGAAAUAACGACGACGACACUAGAGAUGGAUUUACAAAAUGGCCAUUUAUGACUACUCACACUUGGGGUGAAUAUCCACAAGGAAUAUGGACGUUGGAGGCAAGCUUUAAUUCAACAUCACCUCAAACGGGAUUUGUUAAAGAAUGGUCUUUGAUGUUACAUGGAACUAAAAAACCACCUUAUACAGAGUUACCUGUAUCAGAUCCUCACUCGAAAUUAGCAAUUGUCAAGAAAGCUCACGAGGGCAGAUUGAAUAUGUGAAUGUAUUUAUCCUAUUUGAACAUAACUUAACAAAAAUGAAGAAAAAAAGUAACAUUUCGGUUUUAUCUGUCUCUCCACAACUAAUGGAACCAAGCUUUAAGGAAAUGUAUAUUUAAUUAAAACAAUACGGAUAAGUACUGUUAGUUUUCUGUCAUAUAUUUUAUAUACAACGUUCUUUCUCUAUCAUACAUAUUAAAAUAUUAUCGUAAAAAUAAAACUAUAUGACGACGUUAAGGAAAAAUAUGGAAACAUUCCAGUGGGAGAUUAAUCGUGAAGUAAUUUGUACAAGACGAUGUUAAUAUGAAAAAUGUUAAUAAAGAUUAACUUUUUAGUUCCAUUUUAUCCUUGCUUUUUAAGUUUUGUGAUUGCAGACAAACAAGUUUUUUAUUUUUUUACCUAAAAUUGUGUUGUUUUCUUAUUUGUUGUAAUAAAAUAUACUUCAAACAGU